AUGUCCGGUGACGACAGAAUCCCAGUGCUCGACCGGCAGAUGCCGUCGUCGUUUGACGAGAACAACGAAUUCUACGAUGAGCGCGUCCUCCACAAGGUCUUCCGCAAGCUCAAGGAGGAGCCUCUGGUCCCUCUUGGCGCCGGUUUGACUGUGUACGCCUUCUACGCCGCUUGGCGCGCCACUCGCCGCGGCGACUCGGUCCAGGCCAACAAGAUGUUCCGUGCCCGUGUUGCCGCCCAGGGCUUCACUGUGCUCGCCAUGAUCGCCGGCAGCAUGUACUACAACAAGGACCGCGAGCGCACCGCCGAGCUGCGCAAGAUCAAGGAGGCCAAGGACGCCGAGGAGAAGAGGCAACGCUGGAUCCGCGAGCUCGAGGCCCGUGAUGACGAAGAGAAGGCUCUCAAGGCCAUGUUGCAGGACCGCAGGGCCAAGGCUGAGGCACGAAACGCUGCCGCCGAUGCCACGCCCGUUGAAAGCGAGGAGAAGAAGUCCGGCGGCGGCGUGCUUGGUGCGCUUGGGCUUUCGGGAUGGAGCAAGCCUGCGGAGAACACUUCGGCUGCUGCCCCGGCAGCACCGGUUGAGGAGAAGAAGGAGAAGAAGGAAAACCCCAAGAGCUCAUUGGGCGUUAUCGGCGAGCUCUACGGACGUAAGCCGUCAGAUGGUUCGUCAGAAGAACCGAAGAAAUAA